UUAACUUUUUAAACUUUUUAUAAACUUUUAUAUAUAAACUUUUUUGACUCUCAAUACAAACAUUAAAAAAGCUAAUUUAUUGUGUAGGAUAUACUUGAUAAUAGGAUAAAACGGUGCAGUCCAAUUAUCAAGUAUACCUCAUCUAUUUAAAGCUAUCCUAUAUUUAAUAUAUCAUUAAUUGGGCUGUCUAUUUUAUUCUUAGUUUAAGGCGUAAUGUAGUCAAUUAUAGGAUUAGAAAGCUGUUCUCGUAUCAUACCUGUUUUCAUUUUGAAUUGUGUGAUCAUGGAAAAUUCAAACUUUUCUUAUAUAAAGAAUCUCCUUUCAACCUCUUUUUUUUUUUGAAAUAAGCGCAACUCGUGAUCCUAAAAAUCAUGCGACCUUCUUACCACAUUCUACAUUCCGUUUUCAUAUUCGCUUUAUUGAUUUCUUAUAACCCAACACUUUGCAAGAGAUACAAGUAUUCUUUAGAAGAACUUAUCAAUGCCCCUUUGUUUUGGCUUGAACCAGCGCAAACUGCCUUUAAUCUCGAUAUUGAACCCAUAAGUUAUCCUGAUAAAUGUGAAUUAAAACAAUUACAUUUGAAUACUAGACACGGAGCGAGACUUCCAGAUGCAGAUGAUAUUAGUGCUUAUGAUAAAUUGGAAAAAAUAUUUGCAGAUGUUUCUAUUGCAAAAGAAUGGUAUAAAAAUCCUUUCCUAUUAAGGGAUAAUUUUCAAUUGGUCAAACGAGGAGAACUCGAACCUUAUUUUGAUGGGUUACAAAGUCGUAAAAGAUACCCAAAAUUUUGGAAAGGAGUUAAAUAUAAUCCCGAAAUUACAAGAUUUCAAAGUUCAGCUACUUCAAGAGCUGGUGCGUCAUCAAUGGCGUUUUCUGAAGGAUUAUUUAAUGGCGAGGGCCCUUUAGAUACCUGUAAAAGUAGACCCGUGUAUAUUUGGAGUUUACCAACGGAACAAGAUUUUAUAUUACAACCACAUCUUGCCUGUGCACGCUGGAACCAGACCGUUUCUACUAAUAAUAAAUUACUCAAUGAACAAAUUUAUUCCUAUGGCAACAAGACUCUAAAGCCAAUUGCCAAUCGUUUAUCCAAAGAAUACAAUAUCAACCCACCUCUUGAUCCACAUCUAUUACCUUUUUUUUUUACUUAUUGCCAAUUUUACAUCGUUCAAUUCCAUCGAACUGACACAUGGUGUUCAUUAUUAAGUCCUAAAGAACUUCUAUUAUUACGAUAUUAUUGGGAUCUUCGCUCAUAUUAUAUAUUGCAAUAUGGUAAUCCUCUUAAUAAACGACUUGGCUGUGGUUAUUAUACUCAACUUGUAAAUGGAGUUGAUGAUUAUUUAAAUGGGAAAUCUGAGAUGAUAGCAGAUAUAAAGAAUUCUCAUGGAUUUACUUUACUUAUAUUGUUCACUACAUUGGGAGUAUUUAAAGAAAAAGAACCACUCACAGCAGAUUUCACCUAUGAACAAAUCAAAAAAGUCAGGUUUACAGAAUAUGUAUCUGUACCUUGGUCUUCUACGUUUUAUUUUGAAAUUUAUACUUGUUCCGAUGAUCACAACAAAGUAUUGAUACGAGCGUUACUUAAUUUUAAACCGUUUUUGAUUCCGGGUUGUGAGAGUGAGUAUUGUGAAUGGAACAAGUUUAAGGAGAUUCUCGGUGAUAAGAUCGGAUGCGAUUUUAAAAAGAUGUGCGCUUUUCAAAGUAGGAAAAAAUUCUAUCUUCUGUUCAUAUAGGCUUCUCUUUAGGAUAAAUUUGUGGGAGAAAUCGUUACGAUUGAUUGAUCCUAAUUCCCCCUCUUACUUCAUUUUCAAGAUCAGAAACUUUUUUAUCCUUAGAAACCUCAAGCGCGAAAAUUAUAUUUCGGAAAUUAAGACUGAUGAUAUCAUUAUCUGCACUGGAAGACAUCUUGUUUUGCUUAAUUUUUCGAGAGAAGAAAGUUGAAUGAACUUCCACAUAUUCUACAUAUUCUACACGCUUUAUAUCUUGCUGGGAAAAAGAGAUAAGGAGAGUGAUUAGCAUUAUCGUGUGAUGCCAAGAGCUCUAUGAAAGCACAUG